AUGGAGCUCCUGUCCGUAGGUCUCUGUGAUGCUCCGCCCCGUCUCCCGUCUGCAGAGCUCAAGGAGCAGUACCAGAGCACUGCCUCAUUUCCCUACAAUUCCAAGGCAGAAUACGUCUGUCGUCCAGGUUAUGUGAGAAAUCAUCAUGUCAGAAAUGUCCUUGUUUGUGGACUAAACGGGAUGUGGCACGGAUCAAGGGACAUAUGUACAGCCAAGCAUUGCACCAACCCCGGGGAGCCGCCCAACGGCAGACUCGUCCUGGGAGAGGAGCUCAGUUUGGGUUCCUCAGUGAACUUCACCUGCAACACUGGGUACAGACUGCUUGGAAAUUCUGAGAUUACUUGUGUGAUUAAAAAUGGGGCUGUUACGUGGGACAGAGAUAUUCCCAUGUGUGAGGCGAUUCCAUGUGAACCCCCUCCAGAAAUAGCUGAUGGGGAGCACAGUGGGGUUGGCAAGGAGCUCUUUGUGUACGGAGAGUCCAUCACGUACCGGUGCCGGAGCACCAGGAGGGCAGAGAGACCUUUAUCCCUGGUGGGAGAAGCCUCAAUUUUCUGCACAACCACGGACAAUGUCAAUGGUGUGUGGAGCAGUCCAGCCCCAGAAUGCAAAGUGGUGACCUGUGAGCCUCCAAGGGUGGCGAAUGGGAAGCUGCUGGGUGGGUACAGGUCCGAGUACACCUACGGAGACACCGUCGUGUUCGACUGUAACUUCCGCUACACCCUGAACGGCAGCGACGCCUCCACGUGCAGGGACAACAACUUCUGGGACCCCCCCCUGCCAGUCUGCCAGCUCAGUAGCUGUCCUGACCCUCCAGAUGUGUAUAACGCCGUUAAAGCCAGACUUGCUGGCAAUCUGUUCCCUGUGGGCACUGUGAUCACCUACGAGUGCCUGGAGGGCCACCAGUUCAGCGCGGGAGAAACCACGCGGGACAUCCGCUGUGGGCCGAACUUCACGUGGGAGGAAAUCCCCCCACCAUGUGAAAGAAUUCGUUGCCCAGAUCCACACAUCCCAAACAGAAAGUACACGUGGUACGAGAGAGACAAUUACGUGUAUGGAAACACACUGGAAGUUACGUGCAAAGAUGGGUUUGCCUUCAAAGGUCGUGGCAGCAGCAUCACACUUCGGUGUAUGAGUGAUGGCAGAUGGGAUCCAGAGCCACCAGAGUGCCUUCCAGAACCUCAGUGCCCAAAGCCAGACAUUCUUCACGGAGUAGAGGUUCAUAAAAGCAAAAGUGGCUACACAGUGGGGACCCAAGUGCAGCUGACUUGCGAUGAGGGCUUUUCCCUCCGGGGCCCGGACUCGACCGAGUGUCAGGCUGAUGCAACCUGGGCUCCUACCUUGCCCUUCUGUGACAAAGCCUGUGGCCCCCCUCCAAAAAUCUCCAAUGGGCAGCAUGAUGGCAUGGGUAAGAAGUUCUACUACGGUGCCAGCGUGACCUACACCUGCCCAAAGGGUCUGUCUCUCAUCGGGGACGAAACCAUCUACUGCACCUCUGAUGAUGGGGAGAACCUGACGUGGAGUGGACCUGCCCCAGAGUGCAGGGUGGUUCGGUGCCCCAAGCCCGUGGUCGAGAGGGGAAGGAUGACCCCCCAGACGUUCACCUUUCCCUAUGGGGUGGUGCUGCAGUUCUCCUGUGAUGAAGGCUUCGCCCUGAGUGGUGCUGCAGAGACUCAGUGCCAGGCUGAUGGCAGCUGGCACCCUCCUGUGCCCACCUGCCAGCCAGUUCGGUGUUACAGACCCCCGUGGGACCAGGAGUUAGUGUUGUCUCGGAACAAAUUGUGGUAUGAGGUGAAUGAAACUCUGUCCUUCUCCUGCAAACGUAAUGGACGGUCAGGGCUGCCUUCAAAAACCACCUGCUCAGCUAAUGGCACCUGGGUGCCACCUCUCACGUGUAAAAAACGUGAGACCUGUGAGAAGAUUCUUCAAAAUAAAGCAGCUUUCGAGUGUGGAAUUCCUCUGACAGAACUGAAAACCCUGCUGGAAGUCCAGAAACUCUACCUGGAGAUCCAGAAACUUGAAAGGGAGCUAGAAAUCAGAGCAUACAGCUGACUGGUGUCACUGGUAUUGUAGCAACUGUCCUCUGUGUGUUCAAUAGUGAUGCUGACUGAGGAGUUUUUAUGACUUUGUAAUUCUUGCUAAUACUUAAGUAGCCAAAACAGAAUUUAGCAAUCGGCCACAGAACAGAUUUGGUCACGUGAGGAGUCAAAGUGACUUCUGACUCAUUCUGUAAGAGCUCAGGGGGUUAAGUUUGUACAUCACUUCAUACCUUUGAAAGCUUUAUAUCUGUUUGCUACACUUGGCAAUGCACAGUUAGAAAGCAACUGAGUGGAAAGCAAAUUGUUGUGUGGUACAAACAGGCAUGGGAAUCACCAACCCUCACUCACCUCACAGCUGCUGCACCUCUUCAGCCCAGUAUAGCCCAGUGCUGCCCAGUUUAUCCACUAUGCAUUCACUCACCACUUCACUGCAUUGUUGGUUUGCUUGUGACCAAGAGAACUUCAAAGCCUGUCUUAUAGCAAAACUAAAAUGCCAGGUUUUCUUCCCGAGCAGGACGGAUGGAUCCGAGGGCACGGCAGUGCCACAUCUCUGGGUGUGCACCAAGAGCAAAAGAAAGUGUAAAGGAAAAAAAAAAAAGACUGUUUUUUUUUUUUCUGCAACAUCCAGUAGAGGGGAAGUGCUGUGUAGAUCGUGUGUCUUGUGAUGGGACCCAGGAUUCCUUCACCACGAGGUUAUAAUAAAACUGCAAUUGCAAUGACAGCUCUGUCUGACUUUUAAUAAUUCUGUCCUAUCCAUA